CUCUCCUCUUAUUUCUUGUCCUAUAAAUAUUCUCUUCUAUUGCCUUCCUUGUUCAAACCCAAUUCGGUUUUAAUUCCCUUUUCUGUGAUUCUCAUAGCAUAUGUCUCAGAGGCCCAGCGUUCCCCACUCUUCUUCCAUCGCCUUCGGCCUCCAUUCUCAUCUCCUGGUCUCCAGUGAGAUGACCCCCAGCUCCAACUGGUCUUGAAUAUCAUUGUCCAAACCAUUACUGAUCAAUAUUACUCGGUUUUAUUUCUCUCUUUUUUUUGAAAGAAAAGAAUCGAAACAUGGGUGUGAAAGGCUUCGUUGAGGGAGGCAUAGCUUCCAUCGUCGCCGGGUGUUCGACUCACCCCAUGGACCUGAUCAAGGUCCGAAUGCAGCUCCAGGGUGAGACCCAGGUCCCCAAACCUGACCAAGCUCUUCGACCAGCGAUGGCCUCUGCCGCUAGGGGAGCCGCUUCCUCUAUCCAUGUCCCUGUCCCCCCAACCCCGCCUCCGCGCGUGGGUCUGGUCACCGUGGGAGUCAAGCUCAUUCAACAAGAGGGUGUUGCGGCUUUGUUCUCCGGCGUAUCAGCCACCAUGCUCCGGCAGUGCCUGUAUUCCACUACCCGGAUGGGGCUGUACGACAUUCUCAAGAAGAAAUGGACUGACCCGGAAACCGGGAACAUGCCCCUGCAGCGCAAGAUCGGCGCCGGACUCAUCGCCGGAGCUAUCGGCGCCACGGUGGGGAACCCGGCAGACGUGGCCAUGGUGCGGAUGCAGGCCGACGGGCGGCUCCCGGCGGCUGAGCGCCGGAACUACAAGAGCGUGGUGGACGCUAUAACCCGCAUGGCGAAGCAAGAAGGCGUCACGAGCCUGUGGCGCGGUUCGUCUAUGACGGUGAACCGCGCCAUGCUCGUGACGGCUUCGCAGCUGGCGUCGUACGACCAGUUCAAGGAGACGAUUCUCGAGAAAGAGCUGAUGCGAGACGGGCUCGGUACCCACAUCACUGCGAGUUUCGCGGCGGGGUUCGUGGCGGCGGUGGCGUCGAACCCGGUGGACGUGAUCAAGACAAGGGUGAUGAACAUGAAGGUGGAGCCGGGGGCGGCGCCGCCGUACAAGGGGGCGUUGGACUGCGCGGUCCAGACGGUGCGUUCGGAAGGGCCGAUGGCGCUUUACAAAGGGUUUAUACCCACGAUUUCUAGGCAGGGGCCUUUCACGGUCGUGCUGUUUGUGACAUUGGAGCAGGUAAGGAAGUUGCUCAAAGAUUUCUGAAGAAAUUAAGAUCAUGAUGGAGCUAAUUGAUGUCGACGAAACAUGGAGUAAUUUUUAGAAUAUUUACAAUAAAAGUUUUCGAUUUAAUUCCUUUGUCAUAUGUCCCCUAUAGAUUGCGGGGAAGGACUCGUUUAGUUAAUUAUGAAGCAAAAUUCUCUUACAAUAAUUGUUCUUAAUCUUUUAGGGAUACAAAUUUAUUUAUAAUUUGGUUGGAAACAUUCUUUCCCAAAA